AUGUCAUCUUUCGACGAACUGAUGAGUCUACAGAACAUGGAGAUGGGUGUCGUCUCUCGCACACUUACUAACUUCAAGAAGCUGGGACAGGCCAAGAUGACACGUGCCGUAACGCGACAACGCCUCGCAACCCUCAAGGAGACAUACGCCAGAUGCAAGGAGCUGGACUGCAGGUUAACGCUUGCUGCGGACGAGAAGAUAACGACAAUCCAUGCGUACUUCACCCAGAACUACUUCCUGAAGUGUGAAGAAUAUUACCAUGAAGCUUCCGACUACAUGGCUGAGGUAUUGGAAUGUCACGAGGUCAGCAAUCCCACUCCCGCUGCACAUGACGGGGAUGCAAGUAACGCCUUAGAUCACCUCGCGGUAACUAAUGACAAUUUCGGUAUCGCGUGGAAUAUUCUCGUUUCUCGAUACGACAAUAAACGUCGGCUUAUCACUACACAUUUACAAUCGCUCUUCAAUUUACCGUCACUCGCGACGAAAACCUCCAAAGAUCUUCGCACGCUCCGUGAUCAAACCAAUAAGGCAAUACAAGCUUUAAGUAAUCUCGGUCGCGCAACCGAGCAUUGGGAUGAUUGGCUUGUUUUUCUCGUAUCACGAAAACUCGACAAGUCAUCGCGAAAAGCUUGGGAACUUAAACUCGGCGAUACAGUAGAAUACCCGCGUUAUCGCGAACUUGAACAAUUUCUUGCAUCGCGUAUUCGCGCUCUCGACGCGAUUACACCCGCGAACGCAUCGGAGAAGACAACGACGACCUCCAAAAAGAAAACUCUUGCGUUACACACCGCAUCUACCGUUCCGUUCUCAUGCGCAUUAUGCAAAGCGAACCAUCUACUGUAUCAAUGCUCUACGUUCCUAAAUGCGAAACAUUCCGUGAAAGAGUGUACGAGUACUCGCGCGUGUCGACAGUGUAGCAAACGGCAUCACACAUUGCUGCAUUUCGAUCAUUCCGCUCAACCAGUCGACGCUAAGUCACCGUCGACGUCCACACCCACGAGUAGCGAGAGCGUCACCGCCGUAGCUACACAUUUAUUGUCGAAAACCGUAGCACCGAGCUCCAAAAUCUUACUCGCGACAGCGCGCGUGCGAGUUUAUUCGCCUCAUAAACGUUUCGUCACCGUUCGCGCGCUCCUUGAUCAGGGAUCCGUCUCUACGUUCGUCUCUGAAUCGCUUGCUCAACGCUUAUGCCUUGCAAGAAUUAAUCGCUCCGUCUCACUUACCGGCAUUAGCGAAAUGCGAUCUAUCGUGCGUCACGCGGCCCAAAUUACGAUUACUCCGGCGUGUCGCGACGGACCUGCCUAUAUCACGACCGCAUUAAUACUUCGGUCAUUAACGAAAUAUUUACCGAAUCGAGUCGAUACCGCGCACAAUUGGAAACACGUCGCGGGACUCGAACUUGCCGAUCGUGACCCCAUGAGUUCGGAUCCAAUCGACAUCAUUAUCGGUGCCGAUCUGUUCGGCAUGCUAGUUCUCGAUGGUAUCCGAAAAGGCUCAGAACAUGAGCCUAUUGCGCAAAAUACCACUCUAGGCUGGAUUCUGUCCGGGCCAAUAGCCUCGUCACCGAAUACUGGCUCAGUUUCCGCUCUUGCGCAUCAUGGAGUCGUCAUCGAGACUCUCGAUUGCGAUCUUCGUCGCUUCUGGGAAAUUGAGGAAGUGCCUCAGAAAGCUGCUCGAAGCCCUGAGGAUCACCAGUGCGAAGAGCACUUCAAAGCCACGCAUUCUCGUACGCCGGAAGGACGCUUUCACCGCUUGGAACAACGUUUAAAUCGAAACCCAAUUAUCGCUUCCGAGUACCGCGAAUUUCUCGCCGAGUACGAAACCCUCGGUCGUAUGACCAAAAGACCACCAACAGAAAUUAUCAAACCAGAGCAAGCAUAUUACAUUCCGCAUCACGCUGUAUUACGCGAUAGCAGUACGACCACCCGCUUACGAGUAGUCUUCAACGCGUCGUGCCGCACGUCAAACGGAACGUCAUUGAAUGACCAUAUGCUCAUAGGCCCUAAGCUUCAACGGGAUUUGGCCACGGUCGUAAUGCAGUGGCGCCAAUAUCGUUACGUGUUUACCGCCGAUAUCGCCAAAAUGUAUCGGCAAAUCUUAGUUAACCCCCAAGAUACCGACUACCAGCGCAUUGUUUGGCAACCUACUCCUGACGAACCAAUCUCAGAUUACCGCCUUCUCACCGUCACCUACGGUACUGCCGCCGCUCCAUAUUUAGCUCUUCGGGUUUUAGAUCAGCUCGUCGAAGAUGACGGUGCUGACUUUCCACUAGCUGUUCCCGUUUUACGUCAUCAGACGUAUGUUGAUGAUUGCGCUUUCGGCGCAAACCAGAUUCUCGCUCGUCAAACCCGCGAUCAAUUAGUCGAAUUGUUAAAGAAAGGAGGCUUUCGCCUUCGAAAAUGGGCGAGCAACGCCUCCGCUUUAUUGUCUGAUCUCGAUCCCGCGGAUCACGGAUUAGUUACUCACAAGGUUCUUCAAGACGACGACCACCUCAAAGUCUUAGGAAUCCUCUGGAAUCCGAAGCUAGACAUUUUUCAAUUCCGCGUUACCGUGCCGGCUUCACCCGGCCGAACCAAACGAGCCAUUCUUUCGACUAUUGCGAAGUUUUUCGAUCCUUUAGGAUGGGCGACUCCCGUCAUUAUUACCGCAAAAGUUUUUAUGCAGCGAUUGUGGUCACUUAAAUGCUAUUGGGAUGACGAAAUUCCCAGCCAACAUUUCGAUUACUGGUUAGACUAUCAUAACCGACUUCCGUGUCUCAACGACAUUAGCAUUCCUCGCUGGACGACUUACGGAUCUCACACGCUAAAGUGCGCCCUUCAUGGAUUUUCCGACGCUUCGACUGCAGCUUUCGCGGCUGCAGUGUAUCUUCGUACCGUCAAUGUCGACGGCUCAAUUACUGUCUCGCUUCUCGUCGCCAAAUCGAAAGUGGCCCCGCUUAAAACGACAAGCGUCCCGCGCUUGGAAUUAUCCGCCGCUGUGCUUCUCGCGCAUAUAAUGCAUUUCGCACGCUCAGCGCUUCAACUCCCCGAGCUCGAGUGCCACUGCUGGACGGACUCUACCAUCACACUCGCAUGGCUGAGUCAAUCACCUGCCCGAUGGAAAACUUUUGUCGCCAAUCGAGUUUCGGCUGUGCAGUCACUCCUCCCAGGAGUUUCUUGGCGUCAUGUUCCCACGCUCACCAAUCCAGCGGACUGCGCCUCGCGCGGCCUCGCUCCCAAUUGUCUCGAAACGCAUGCCUUAUGGUGGUCAGGCCCUCCAUGGCUACACCACCCUCCCGAAUCCUGGCCGAACUCGUGCCCGUUGUUACCCGCCGAGAUUCCUCUCGAACAACGCCCGGAGCCUCCGGGAUGUGCAUCGCAUACGACGCCCGAUUGGGAUCUCGCGUCGCGUUAUUCGUCGUGGCCAAAAUUACUACGAAUUACCGCUUACCUAUACCGGUGUCUAAAUCGAGUUCGACGCGCAAAAAACCCGCAAUCGGAUACCGCAAUUUUGAUCUCCGAAGAAAUUCAGACCGCCAAACGUUACUGGCUCAAAAUUAUGCAGUCAGACUUAUUUUCUAACGAAAUCGUUGCUCUGAAUCAAAAACGCGCGGUGUCGAAAAGCAGCCCGCUAUCUAUUCUCAAUCCUUAUAUGGACGAGGACGGACUCAUUCGAAUUCGAGGAAGACUCCGUCGAGCUUACCUCCCAGGAGCAACGAAGAAUCCAAUCGUAUUACACGCGCAUCCGCUGUUGGUACUCAUUAUCCAGCAUCAUCAUCUGAGAACGUUGCAUGCCGGUUCGCAAUUAACGCUCGCGUCAUUGGGAAACGAAUUUUGGAUUCUCCGAGCUCGCGCCACCGUUCGAUCCGUUCUUUACAAAUGCCUACAAUGUACGCGUGAACGCGCCGCCGUGCCCGUCGAACUCAUGGGUGACCUCCCGGCUGUGAGAGUCAACCGCACCGUUCGCGCCUUUAUUCAUACCGGCGUCGAUUAUGCAGGUCCGAUCGCUGUCCGCACGGCGCCCGGUCGAGGUCAUAAGUCGCAAAAGGCGUAUAUCGCGUUAUUCGUAUGCCUCACAACUAAAGCUCUGCAUUUAGAGCUUGUAAGCGAUUAUACCUCUUCUACUUUUAUCGCAGCGUAUCAACGCUUCGUUUCUCGCCGAGGAUUACCGACGUCCAUGUAUUCGGACAACGGAACCACAUUUCACGGCGCCGAUCGCGAACUUUCGAGCGCACAUGCCGCUGCCAUACGCAAUCCCAAUUUCCGCAGCCGACUCGCUUCCGACGGAACUGCGUGGCACUUCCUACCUCCCGCUUCGCCGCACUUCGGUGGUCUGUGGGAAGCCGGCGUUAAAAGUGUUAAGCAUCAUUUAAAACGAUGCAUCGGCCUCCACACGCUAACUUUCGAGGAGAUGUCUACGCUCCUAUGUCGAAUUGAAGCGUGCCUUAAUUCACGUCCGAUCGCGCCCGUUUCCGAUAAUCUUGACGAUUAUCACGCUCUAACUCCCGGUCAUUUUUUGAUCGGAACCCCUCUUAUCGCUCCCGCCGAACCGAGCGUGCUUGACUUAAGCGAAAACCGACUUUCGCGUUGGCAAAUGGUUCAACAAAUAACCGAAGGUUUUUGGAGGUCUUGGUCCGGUGAUUACUUGCAUACUCUCCAACAACGUCCAAAAUGGCGCGUUGUCCAGCGACUGGCCAAAGUUGGUCAAAUCGUCCUAGUGCGUAACCCUCUGGCUCCACCGAGUCAAUGGGAACUUGGCCGAAUUACGGCGUGUCAUCCAGGCGAUGACAAUCUAACUCGCGUCGUAACGGUAAAGACAAGUCAUUCCGUAUACAAGCGACCGAUUGCGAAACUCUGUUUUCUACCUGUCACCAUCAAUAGCGAAGAAUCAAAGAAUUCCGUCACGGCGGGCGGAGUUUCCGUGUGA